UAUUGUAGCUUCAUCAAUAAGUUAGAAACAUAAAUUAGGCCUUUAAAUGCAGCACGUUACAAAGCGGCAUUAGGCCAUUAGUCAACCUAGCAGUGUUUCUACAUAUCAUGUGUCUAUUUUUUAUUAUUACAUGAUAUUACAGUAACAGGGAGUCUGUGAGGAGUGAUGGUGACAGUGCGCCUCCUGUCUGAAGCUCUGCUCUGUCGGACCUCAAAGUUUCCCCAUGUGAGUCACUGAGUCGCAACUGUUGCACAGAGUUAUCAUUCAGUCCCGCGCGCAGCCUGACCUGCAGGCACCUCCAAUAUGACUCCAACUAAUCUGCAGGCUUCACUCGCCAGAACGAAUCGGGACAUGUACUCUGGAUUGCUUUGUUUUUCUUUCACAAGUGAAGUUUUUAGAAAGUAAUGGGACAACUGUCUGGACCGGAGACGCUCUUUGAGGAAAGGCAGAUCAACUUGACGGAUGAACCGGAGGAGCGAGGACGCGUUUAGACACCGCAGCUCAUCAUUAUGGAUGAAACAUCGCCUACAACAGGGAACACAAAUAUCUGGAAGGCUCUUUAAGGAGGCGUCUGGAGACCUGCAAGAUUGGCAGAACCUAUUAAGAAGAAGUUUGUAAAAGCAUAUCCAGGCAUCCAAGAAUGAGGAUCAAAUACACAAUAUCCGUCGUCUUUUUUGUGACACUUGUUAUCAUUGAGAAGGAAAACAACAUUAUAUCAAGGGUGUCAGACAAGCUUGCCCUCAAGCAGACCCCCCAGACCCCUCUACAGGUCAGUGGUUCUUCUCACGUACUGCUGAAGAACAAUGGUUCCCUCGCCCAACUUCAUAAGCUGGACCCUGCCUUCACCUUGAUGAAGCGGCGCCUAGAGAACUACAGUGAGCACCAGGGGCUGGCGACACGAGGCAGGAAACACAUCCUCCUCUUAGCCACCACCAGGACAGGUUCAUCAUUCGUAGGAGAGUUCUUCAACCAGCAGGGUGACAACAUGUUCUACCUGUUCGAGCCGUUGUGGCACGUGGAGAAGAUGCUGACCCUGGAGACGGGCGGCACAAAUGCCACAGCAUCAGCGAAAGCGUACCGGGAUGUGCUCAGGAAGCUUUUCCUGUGUGACUUUUCUCUGCUGGAGAGCUUUAUUGAACCCCUACCUGUGGACCACAUCACCCCAAACCUCUUCCGCAGGGAGUCCAGCAGCUCUUUGUGUGAGGAGCCGGUCUGCAGCCCAGUUGUCAAAGGGGUCUUUGAGCGUUAUCGCUGCAAGACAAGACGCUGUGGGCCCCUCAAUUUGACAAUGGCGUCACAGUCCUGUCUUCAGAAGGAGCACAGGGCGAUCAAGUCAGUUAGGGUGCGCCAGUUAGAGACCCUUCGUCCUCUAGCUGAGGAUCCACGCCUUGACGUGAGGUUCAUUCAGCUGGUGCGGGAUCCUCGGGCUGUUCUUGCCUCACGUAUGGUGGCCUUUGCUGCCAAAUACAAAAACUGGAAGCAGUGGGCUAUGAAUGGAGAUGUACCCAUUGAUGAUGAUGAGGUGAGGAAGCUGAAAGGGAACUGCGACAACAUCAGGAUGUCAGCGGAGAUCGGCCUCAGGCAGCCACCAUGGUUGCGAAGGCGGUACAUGCUGGUGCGGUAUGAGGACAUAGCCCGGUUCCCCAUGAGAAAGGCUACAGAAAUGUACAAGCUGGCUGGAAUCCCAUUCACUCCACAAGUGAAAUCCUGGAUCCUGAAAAACACCCAGGCCUCCAAAGAGGCCAGUGGUGUUUACUCUACACAGAAAAACUCCUCAGAGCAAGUCGAGAAAUGGAGGUUCAGUUUACCGUUCAAAAUAGCCCAGGUUGUCCAGAGGGUUUGUGGACCAACGCUGAAGCUUUUUGGGUAUAAAUUUGUAAGCAGCGAAGAAAUGCUUACGAAUAAGUCAAUUAGCUUAAUUGAGGACAAAGUGUUCAACUUUCUAUAGACUUUUAAAGCUGGAACUCUAAACUAUGAUGCAAGGAACAACACAGGAAUAUUUCGGAAAACCCUGGAAUGACUGAUAUUUAUUUUGGGCUUUUAAAUUGACACACAGAGCUUUAUAUUUUCUGCUAUUUAACAUUUUUACUACUUAAAAUAGUGUGAUGAAGAAAGUGUUUUACUGAGAAAUCAUGUACAGCUUUCAACAAAGGCGUUUAAGACAAUUAUGAGACUUUAUAUAGGAGUAUAGCCUGAUGGAAACAGAAAGCUAUCUUUGUUUUUGCACUAUUUUCUCUGUCCAAAGAAAACGUUAUCGCAUGUCCAAAGUUAAUUUCUAAGCAAAUAUAAGAAAACCCUAUGGGAGAUACCUGUGGGUUUAUGAACAAUCAGGAGCUGUUUCAAACACUUCUAGGAACCUUAGUUGGUUAGUUUUAUACAGAAACAUCCGAUGAAGCAACAAGUGCUGCUUUUAUACCAAAGAAACUUGAAAGAGCAAUGUUUAUGCACAGCCAAAAAUGAUUUUCUUUGAAUAGGAAUGCCAGUACCAGGAAGAGGAAAUACCAGUAUUUUGGCGGGUAAUGCUCGGCAUGAAAUGCAGUAGUUAUAUUCAAUGCAUUAUUUAUUUGUUUCUUCACUUUGCUAAAUGUUGUAAUGACUCCAGAUCUGAAUGUGCUCCACAGGUUUCCUCCCCUUCUCUAGGGGUACUUUUCUUGCACAAGCAUACUGUAUUUUGCUGUACAUGCAUGUUUAUAAUUGGCCAAAAGCUGUUUGAAGUUGUCCCCAGGACUGUAAGGACACAUUCUGUAAAAACAGAUGUUUACACUGCCACUGUAUGCAAGCAUUCCAACUGCAGCUGGUUUGCAGGAUUGUGCGAGGUUUGUCGGCAGCGCUCUGUCUGUUGACACAAGUCUGUUGGCUGGUGAUAAAAAGAGGCCCUGAUACUCUGGCCUGCCAGACUGUUUGCUGAUGUUCCAGUCUGUUCCUUUUGCAUUCUGUUUGUUGCAAUAAACCUUCUUUUUACA